CUUACUCACCUUUAUCCCACCACCAUGGCACUCUCCACCCUGCAGGAGAAUGCUGCUAGACUCAGCGCACGCAUACAAGAGACAAUUGCAGAGCGGACACGCGACAUUUCGCUAGGCAAGUCACCUAAUGCUGCGAUGUUCGACACGUCGGAGGACAAGGUGCGACAGAUCAGGAAGCAACUAGAUUCUAACCAGGAUAGGGAGAAGUUAGAGGCAAUGAAAAGGCUUAUUGCGAUGAUUUCGAAGGGUCGGAACGUGUCCGAGUUCUUCGCCCAGGUGGUCAAGAACGUCGCCUCGUCUAACUUAGAGAUCCGCAAACUGGUGUACAUAUACCUUCUGCGGUAUGCAGACCAAGAGCCAGAUCUUGCCCUAUUGUCUGUCAACACAUUUCAGAAGGACCUGAGCGAUGGCAAUCCGCUCAUUCGUGCUAUGGCUCUGCGCGUGCUCUCUGGUAUCAAGGUCCCAGUUAUUGGCAGCAUUGUUGCAUUAGGAAUCAGAAAGUGUGCGAGUGACCUCAAUCCAUACGUGAGGAAAGCGGCUGCAUUAGCGAUCCCCAAAUGCUAUUCAUUGGAUCCAAUGCAACAAUCGGCACUGAUGUCCAUCUUGUCCACAUUGCUUCGCGAGCAAUCGCCAAUUGCGAUCGGCUCUGUCGCAGUCGCAUUCGAUGCUAUUUGUCCUGACCGCCUGGAUCUUUUGCAUCAGCAUUAUCGACGAUUGUGUCGCUUGAUGGUAGAUGCAGACGAGUGGGGUCAGAUCAAUCUAUUGGAGCUCCUGAUGAGAUAUUUAAGGAAAAUGCUCAGCAAACCGCCAGAAGUACUCGAGAAGAAGGAGGGGAAUGAGACCCAGGAUUUCCUGGAUGAGAAGGAACAUGCAAUGGAUCCUGACCUCGACCUCUUGCUUGACUGCGCUGAACCGUUGUUCCAUAGCAGGAAUCCGGCUGUGGUAAUGGCUGUUGUGCGGCUAUUUUACUACUGCGCCCCUCUUUCCUAUCGGGUUAAGGUGGUCAAGCCGAUGCUGCGCCUUCUACAUAUAUCUCAGGAAGUUGCGGAUGUUGUAUUAGGGGAUCUGCUUGUUGUUGGGGCGGAUGAGCCUAAACUGCUGAGUGAUUACGUGCCGCGGUUCUACAUUCGAACAGCAGACACGAGUCAAACGAAGCGCAGAAAGUUGGCUAUACUCGUCCUGCUGUUCAAUGCAGAAAAUCAGAGCACGUUGUUGCGAGAAUUCAAGGACUGUCUUCGUGACCCAUGCGACAGCGUCGUAAUAGAGGCGAUCCAAGCAAUUGGACAAUGUUCCCGGCUGGUGCCGACUGGUCGAGAUGAAUGCUUGAGGGCCUUGAUGGGCUUGAUGCGUAGUCAUCAUGAUGCUGCCGUAAAUGCCGCAGUGCUCGUCCUGAAGUCGCUCAUCACGUCAUUUGCCGCCACCGACGCAACUGUUGCACUGGAGCUGAUAUCCCGAUUGGCGCGCCGCCUGCCUCGAGUUAAACAUGCUCAAGCAAGAGCGGCCAUUAUCUGGCUUGUGGGACAAUACGCUGCUGAUGACUCCAGCUUAAUCGAUAGCUCGAACGGCGUCUCAAAUCUUCCACCUGGUGUUGUGCGCUGGGCACCUGAUAUCCUGAGGCAGGGCGCACAGACAUUUGCAGUCGAGGCAGAGCCAGUCAAACUUCAACUGGUAACUUUGGCUGCCAAAUUGGUCGCCCUCUCACCGACGGACAAUCGUCUGGCACUGCUGAGCCGAUAUGUUCUGUCGCUCGCGCGUUACGACAGCAGUUAUGACGUGCGGGAUCGCGCGAGAAUGAUGAGCACCCUGCUAAAAGGAAUCAAUUCCAAGGCGGCUGCCAGCACAGUAUUGAGUGAAGAAGACACUGAAGAGGAGCAAGGAGGCGUUGUGCUUCGUAGGGAGCAGGUCCGCCUUAUUCUCUUCAGGGGAAAGGUGCCGCCACCUGACGCAACACUCCGAUGGUGUCAUAAUGCGGAAGCUGUCCUUGGAAGCAUGGCUCUGCAGCUGAAUAAGGCUGUGGAAGGCAAUCGUACACUUCCCGGUUGGCCGGAGGAAGGGACUGAUCCAUCCUUGCGAGAGACAGAAGAGGAUCGGCCUAUGGCUCAAUACGUUCAGGCAACCGUGAAAAACAUGACCGGGUUUGGGUCAGGCUCCAUCGCUGCAAUACCCACUCCCAUCGUCCUCACACCAGCCGAUGGUUCUUCUCCUGCUGGCUCUGUACCCCAGGAGAGGCGCACAGAUUGGACAGAUCUUGACAAGUUCUAUGCUUCUGAAUCUGAGGAGGAAGAGGAAGAGGAAGAGGAAGAAGAAGAGGAAGAGGAAGAGGAAGAGGAAGAGACAGAAGAAGAGGCGGAGGCGGUGGAAGUACAGAAGGCACGUCCCGCACCAAUUCCCGGAAUGGGCCCUUGGGGAGGAGCGGAGUACGACGAAGACGAGGAAGACGAAGAAGACGAAGAUGAGGAAGAGGAAGAGGACGAAGACAAUGACGAAGCCGUGGACAAUCAUCCUCAUCUAGCUGAGAUGCCGAGCAAGCUGAGCGGUGCGGCAGUGAUGAAUUGGGGCCAAGCCAAUCUGCCGUCCGAUGACAGCGAUCCUGCUGGCUGGGGAGCAAGCAGUUGA